AUGCACAUCUGCAAUCUGGGACUAUUAUUCACCGUUAACGGUGCAAUCCUGCUAACCCUGAUCAAUGCUGGAUACUUCGGUGGAACACCGGAUCAAGUGAGUAUCCAGGAGCUUUUGCGUGUGGCUUACGAGGACUUUACAGCUUGGAGGAAGUCAAAGAAGAUUGCUUGCUCGCAGCGGAUGUUCAGACCAUCGCAGGUGGACCGUUUGGCCCACGGGGCCUAUCUGGCUGCGAAGGCAUGGAAUUCCAGAAUACUUCUCCAAUGGCUUCAUGAGAGCGCAGUUCAGGCUGCCACGUUGCAGAAUUUCGAUAGCACCGGAGGGUGCACGUUGGGGGUAUGGCUGGCUGAGGAGGUUCGUGCAGGUCGCAAGGCAUGGCCUACUGCAAGUGACACCCCAUUCUUGUUUCUGGAGCCAUUGGCGUCGCAUUUUGGCUGUAAAGUGUUAAGCCACUGA